UUGAUACACUUCUAGAAGAGACUAGAAAUGUAUUUCCCAGUAUGCAUUUUUUCUUUGUUGUUGACUUGUGGUUUAUCUAUGUCAACAGAACAGGUUUCAGGUAUGUCUCCAGUCCUUGGAGAACCUGUUCUCCAUUUCCAUCAAGUUAACUCUGCUGAUCAGCAGAACCAGAAAUCAAAGGUUCAAAAUCAGCAAUAUCCUCAGGAAAGAUCCAUUGAACUGGUUUCUAUUGGUUGGAUAGCUGCUGGAGGCAUGCUGGUUUUUGCAUUUGUGAAUACUAUACUGCUUGGAGCUACUGUUAUGAUAACCUUCAACAUUUUCCAAUGGCUGCUCAGUGCACUUGCAUUGGUGGCGCCAGCAUUUGCUGCUACAGUUGCUCCAUUCUUUGCAGCGGUAACAGCUCCUUUGCUUGCAGCAGCUCCUGCCUUUGGUUAGACAGCGGUCACUAAGAACUUUGAUGACAAAAUGCUCAAAAGAAUUGUAGAUAUAGUGCAGACAGCAGAAUGUGUAAAAAAUCUAUCAAUUUUCCUCUUUAAAUGCAUUUCUAGUCGGAAAAAUAUUAAAUUUUAUUUAUGAAUUUUUAAUAAACUUGUCAACAGCUGA